AUGCUACCAAAUUUCACACCAUUGCGAGAGCAUUCGAUCUUCCCUCAGCCAUCGAACGACGAAUUUCUGCGCUAUUGGCAACUUUAUCAACAACCACUCUACCAGAUGCUCUACACCAUCAAUAUGCAGAACAUAAAUGCCCGUAUGAAAGUCUACUGCUCGCCGGAAUCCUCCGAAGGAACGUCGAAGGAAUCAUCAUCAGAGAAAAAGAAAUUCGAUUUCACCCAUUUGGCCGAGUCCAUCGAAUUUGAAGAACGUGAGAAAACAAAGAUCGAAACGACGCCGACACGACCAUUCUCGGUCGCCACGUCUCCAUACAGUCGGCCACCGUGGUCAUUCCUUUACUCAGUUUCUUCUGAAGUAAUCCUGCAUGUGGCGACUUCUAAAAAUGUAUUGUUCAGGUUCCUGCUUCCUGGAAGAGGUCGUUCCACUGGAAAGAUGAAUCGUCCCAAGAAGGAAUUCAUUUGCAAAUAUUGCAAUCGACAUUUCACUAAGUCUUACAAUCUUCUAAUUCAUGAGAGAACCCAUACUGAUGAACGGCCGUAUUCCUGUGACAUCUGCGGUAAAGCAUUUCGACGUCAAGAUCAUCUGCGAGAUCAUAAAUUCAUCCAUUCCAAGGACAAACCGUUCAAGUGCGACGUUUGUGGUAAGGGAUUCUGUCAGUCGCGAACGCUCCAAGUUCAUCGUGCCGCUCACACUGAAUGUACCAGCGGUCACGAGAUCGACGAUCAUGCAGUAUUCGUCUCCUCAUCCACAGUUGAGAUGAAGCCACUGUUGACGCCCGAUUCUACUCCAGAAUACAGUCUCGACCUACCGAGUCCAACAUCGCGAAUCUGUUGA